GAACAGUGCGAGUACGAGUAUGACCACCUACUCCCCGACACCAUCUCCCCCGGACAUGAGCAGUGCUGGAGACACCUUCUGUGGGGUGCUCUGCAUCCUCAUCAUUAUCCUCGGGCUCCUGGGCAACAUCCCUGCCAUCAUACACUUCAGCAUGGACUUGUCCAGCAAGAUCUACAUCAACGAGAAGAAGCUCUGCUUUGACAGCCUCUUCGUGUGCAUCGCCAUCACGGACACACUAAUCUGCUUGGGCAUGCUCCCGGUAAUGCUCAGUUUCCUGGAAGGUAGGGAUCCGGUGUUCUUCGACAACGCCCUGUUUUGUUAUAUUUGGGGGGUGAUGUGGACUGUGCUCCCUUAUCUCUCCAUCUUCCUUGUUGCUAUACUCAGUUUCUCUCGAACCUACACCCUGGUCAGGCCACUGGGCAUGGUCCGGUGUAAGCUGAUUCUGGGAAUUGUUGGUGGUUACCUCCUGCUUCUGGUGACGAGGAGCGGAAUACCACUCAUAGCAGCCGCUCACACCAACACUAGUUACACCUACUUCAAGGACUCUGUCCUUUGCCAGGAGGACAUUGCAGAGGUUAACACUUACUGGCACUUCAAGAUGAUAGCCAACCAAGUCCAGCUCCUUCUCCCUAUCUUCCCGGUUACUAUCUCUUGCAUAGCUUCCUUUGGGGUGCUGCACGUCAGGAGACGCAGGCUUCAGUGCAGUGACAGGGUUGCCAAGAUGCAGAGCGAAGCUACCUUGACCAUCAUGAUGGUGACGAUAGUCUACUGGAUCUGUAACUUUCCAGUGGUGGUGAACUACAUGUAUUUCCACAUCAGGUUCAGACAAGGGUACACCUACAACAGUAUGUAUGGCACUGUCUUCAUGCACUGGUACAGUUGGCCAGCAACCAUUACCCUCUCGGUGGGUAUUAACUCUGUGCUCAACCCCCUUAUCUACUUUACCAGAAUGAAGCGGUUCAGGGAAUUCUUUAUUAAAGGUUACCAGAAAAUUUCAGAGAACAUGAGUGUUACAGUCAGAUCAAGCAGUUCUGCUGUAGACCUUACUAAGAUCUGUUUGAGGAAAGUAUCAAUAGCGAACUCGGUGAAGAAUGCAGAUUUGAAAUGGAAACCCUCUCUAGAUGUGGUUGUGUAACUUGUUACGGAUAACCUAACUGCUGUAACUGAUAACCUCACAUUUGUUAUUGAUAUCCUCACAAUAACUGGGUUUAGAAUCCCUAACGAACUUUAUAGAUGUUGCUCGGCAGCUGACUCCCCCCUGAACCUCAGAUUAUCAGACAAUUCUCAUCCCAUAUUUUGUGGACGGACUUUAAUUGUUCAUAUUUGUGUUUUGCUUUAGUUUGUUUAAAUUAUUUUAUGAUUGUUGUUAUAGCUUUCUUGUUAAAUUUAAAACUCCUAAAAA